CUAGCAUUUCCUGUCCCCUCAACUCGCUGACCUUCAUCACAAUUCCAAGUCUCUUUGUCCUGAAGCCUUGCAUUUCACUUCUCAUUUCAAUCAAAUAUGCUUAUCGCAGCAUUGCCAAAUCUACAAUCAAGAAAAUGAAUUGUUGCUAUAAAAUAUACGCCUUGAAAUGGUCUUCAGAGUCAGUUUUCGGUUAUAUUGUUAACUGAACUUCCGGCCACAUUCACGCAUGCGCAGCAAAGACGAACUGUUUCAUUGGUUCUUCAGAGUCAAUAUUUCUUUCUUAUUUGCUUAAAAAAAGCUAUCCGUGUUUGAACCAUUGAGUGAUUCAGUUAAAGAGAGAGCAUAUUACAUUAGUGAAUUUAAUAAAGAAGGCCUAUGCACCCGAAGGAAACAGAACAAGGAGAACACAUUGUUGAAUGCUGAGUCAUGACAGGUCUGCUGUUCACAGGAAUGACCACGCUUUGGUUGGUGCGCUUUGCAAAUCGAUAUCAGGAGAGUAGCACGUCGAAUUGAUGGUGACAACUUCAGCGAUGCUUAUUACUGAAACGCAGAAUGAAAGAGAUGACCCUCUCUUUCUCUAAUUGCUGAAUAUGACACCGUGACAGAAGUGUCUUGAAGGCAGCAGAGAGUGAAGACAUUGUUAUCUAGUUACAUAAGCAAAGUCACGCAUUUGUACGGAUCUAGGGGACACUCAGUUCACAGCUGUGACUACAAGACAAUGGAGUUCUCCGGGUUUUCCUUCUGUGUGUCCUUUAUGCUGAUUGCUUUCUCCGCUGUAGCCAAGGCAAUUCAAGUGAGUCCGAAGGUGGACUUCGGUGACACCUCUCCUGGGAUCAACCCAGAUGACAUCAAGGUCUUCAUAGAGAAAGAAAAAACCAGUGUCAAUCCCGGAGUGGUGAAAGCUGUCCUGGAAGUGAAAGUGGGAGAGAGUAUCGUCACCGAUAAGUAUCCAGCCAAGUCUGAUAAGAAAGAACAUAAAAAUACUACGAAAACAAAUAUUCUAAUAUGUAGCUUGGAAGGUGAUUGCAAACUUCAUGAAUUCAAUACAGAUUUAAGUGAAGAUGAUGAAAAGGAAGGUGACACAAAGGAACUCAAACCAAUCAUUGUAACAGAUUUUGAUGAAGAUCCUUUGAAAGGUAAUAAUGACGAUGAUGACCAUAAUGAUGGUAAGAAAAAUCCUAAUAUUCCUGUGAUUGUGGGAUACAGAGGUGCCGUUAAGGACGAUGGUUUCUAUUACACAGGGCACAGCAACGGACAAGGAAUCGACAGACUUCCAACGUAUUAUGGAACGACGUUAAGGCCAGGGUUUCACCAGCCCUACCCAGGUCCAAACAUUUACGGAGAGGUGCCACGUCCACCUCCGCCCCCGCGUCCGGGCUUCAAUUACGGUUCGUAUCACCCUACUUAUCCGCAUCACGAUUUGCGCUGUGUUUACCGUCACUAUGAGGGACAACGUUACCCGAUCUCUGAUAUCCCCGGUUACACAGGAGUCAGACCGUACGGCCACACUUCUUUUCCAGGUUAUGGUCCCAGAACACCGUCUCCGUAUGGACACUUACAUCCUACUAGGAAACCGGGCAGUUUCCACGCCAUAAUCACGCCGCUUGGAAGAGGGAACGGUGUCGGUGGCUUGGACACACCGACGGUACGAGGAAUUGUUGCUGUCCAUGGGAAAGUGGACUUUGAUGAAGAUGACAUAAAUGUUGGGGUGAUCGGUCCCUUGUACCCCAGCUCCGGAAAUGGCAACGUUAAAGUUGACGGGAAGCUUGGGGAACCGCUACACAAAUCCGAUCCAUAACACAAUAAAUAUAUCAUUGAUCAGUACAUAAAUACAUUUGUGUACACAGACACGUAUGGAGGGGGAAGCCUUGAUUCGGACGUGUGGAAUUCAUGCAAAGUUUGACGUUUUCAUGGCGAUGAAGAUUUAUAUUAGUUUUCAGAGUUAUAAUGUCGGAUGGUGUGUUAACUGCAUACCAACGUUUCGGAGGAAGAUACUGUCGGCAUGUUCACGGCAUAUCUUCUACAAAGAAGUUGUAAUCAAUAUAUUCCUCUGAAACGUUGAUGCUUGCCGGAUCUAAUCCUUUGAAAACACGCACAACUAUAAUAGUCUGUGCUGUGAAUGUUACUACAUUAUCCUCAACUGAACACAUGAAUUAAAUUCAGAGUAAUUAUAAACUUGCUCAAGAACUUCAAAUGUAUUUUUAGUAAGAUCUGUGGUUUUCACGGCAUUCUUCAGAUUUUUAGUAGAUUUUAUUAAAACCGUAAGUGUGAGCCAAUA